AUGUCGAUCGAAGCGUUUCUUCGUACGCUUACUAUUACCGAUAUUAGCACACAUAGCUUAAAAGAUGCCGAAAAUCUAUUGGAGCAAAGAGCCAAAUCGUAUCAAACAAUGAUUCAGAAUGAAAAUAUUGACACACAAACAAAAGACACAUCGAAAUUCUAUCUCGAACAAGCCAAAUUCGAGACUGAAAUUAUCGACACGUUGAAAAAAUUCAUGGUUCUUCCCGAUGAACGUUCAAGAAUACCAGCGAAAGAUUCGAGCAAUGUUCAGGAAUGCAUUCAAUUGUUUGUAAGCAAAGAAGAUUUGGAUGGAAAUGAAAAGCCGGCAGGAGAAGAAAAGUAUUCGGACGUUCUCGUACUUCGUCGAAAACGUUUUUCACAAACUCGCAGUCAAACGAAAUUGAAUACUCGUGUGGACUUGACAAUCAACGAUCUCAAUCUUAAUGAUCUAAUCGAUGUGGCGUCCGAAAGUUAUGAAGGGUCUGUCGCGAGUUUCAAUCUAUUUGGUGUAUCGAAUCGUAGUGACAUGGCUUACUCAGAUCAUUCUAUCACCCAAGGCAAGCAUCCAUGUACUAAUCAAUGGCAUGAAUUCAAUGAUUCAUCAGUUUAUUCUUUGAAUAACAAAUCUCGUCACGUGCCUGUGCUAUUUUUUGAGCGCAAUAAAUAA